GCCACUUCCUUCUCGCUCAACGUAACAUAAUGUACAUGAACACAAACUGGACAACAGUUCGUGUUCAUAAUCAGUGCUUGAGCAAGUCCUUGAGAUAGAAUUUUGUAUGGUAGUGACUUUUUGUUGAGAUGGAUAGCAUAGACGAACGAUGCAGUCCAAUGAAGGAACAGUAUGACCAAUGUUUCAACAGCUGGUACGGAGAGAAAUUUCUGCAUGGUAAUUCCACGUCUGACAAUUGUCAAGAGCUUUUCAAGACUUAUCGAGAAUGCCUGACGGAGACGCUGCAGAAACGUGGCUUCGAUGUGGAGGAGCUAGAGGUCAGCGUACUGGAGAAGGGUGAGCUGAAACAUCUGGACUUGCCGACGGACAAGUCAUCCAUAGUUCACCGUGAUGCUGCAACGAUAGCGAACAAAGACGAAGAGAAGUAGGUAUGGCUAUGGUGUUCUAGGAUCAGUACUCAAGACAUGCCAGUUAUGGCCGGCAUUACAGGCCGCAUCUACCUACAGGGACUGGAGUUCGAGAUUCUAGUGACCGGUGGCCGCACAUUCCUAUGUGUUACUGGAUGAUGGAGUAGCACUCUAUCCACGCGUACAUGUGCACACUGAUGACCGUCAGCAGUGGCCUUUGUGACUACCAACAUUGUGCGUGUUGUCGUGGAAAUGCGCCCCUGAUCCACACUGAUUCACGACAGUAUUUAUGAAUGCCUUCCCGGAUCCCGGCAGUUGUUUCUGUGCUCGUAUGGCGCACACUGCUCAUGCAACCUGUCAUUCCGGGAUAGUCAUUCGUGCUGUCAAUAGUUGACAAUUAGUCAAAUGAACAUGCACGGCCAUUCCAUUUCCUACUGGAUGGAUUGAGAUUGUAUUGUGCUACCAUGUCCGACCUAUCUCAUGGUGCUACCAACACUGCAGCUGGAUCAUGGACAGUGGCAACCUCUUUUGCCGUGUGCCGGGGAUUCCCCCAUCUCUAGUUAUACACGGCGGCUGUUUCAUCGAACCAGUUUCUAGUGCUGGUUGUGUAUUUGAUGGCAUGCAAUUGCUAUACGUACUGCUUGUACGGGCCUUCUGUUUCUAUUGCCAUGCCUUCCUCGUCCACAGAUAGCAUUGCUUCUGUCUGUGUACAGGCACAGAGUGCUUGCAUGCAGUACAUGCAGGCUUCGAGUGCAGGUUUAGAAUCUGACUGCAUGUACAGUACUCUUGUGCGUCUGUAUUGAUUGAGAUAAGAUCCUACAGUUCAUUCAGUUAUAGUCGAGUUUCUACGCAGGUCUGUGUAUUCCGCUCUUUGCUUUCGGCAAAUUGAGCCCUCUACGGACGGUGGAUGAGCUUCACAUAGUCGAGUUUCUAUAUUUUCGCUGUCAACUGGAAAUGGUCCGAGGAUACAUUGUA